CUUUUCUCCAUGCUUCUUCGAACCAGCACAUACCCACAGCAGAUGGAAUCAGAGGGAAAUACCCUUCAUCCAUUUCUUGUUCCUUUUGCUUUCUAAUCGAACUACUUCUUAAUCAUUUGAGGAAUUUGAAAAAAUUAGGGUUCUCAAUCUAAUGGAUAUAUCCAACUCAAAGCUGCUGCCUCCGGCAACCAUUCCCGACGAUCUCAUUGCCAAAAUCCUAUUGCUUCUUAGCUUCAAAACCAUCGUGCAACUCAAAUGCGUAAGCAAAUCAUGGAACACUCUCAUCUCAGAUCCAACCUUUGUCCAAAAACACCUUAACAAAUCCUCACAAAAACCACACCUCAUACUCACACCACCAACUAGGCAAUACCCUAUGAGUAGUAUCAAAUCAUUCCCCGUGAGUCGUUUACUCGAGACUCCGCCGAUCACUGUUUCCGGUGACAGUUGUCAUGGUUCAAUGAACUACUGUAAGGUUGUUGGUUCUUGCAAUGGAUUGCUCUGCUUGCUUUUUCAAUCUCGCUGUAAGACAAACAAAGGUUUGUUUCGGAAAUUCUCAUUUUGUUUAUGGAACCCUGCCAUGAGAACAAUGUCUCAAAAAUUAGGGACAUUUUACGACCCUAAUCCUUUAUGUGACUCUAAAUCUCCUAUUUUCACUUACGAUCUCACUUACAAGUUUGCUUUUGGAUGUGAUAUUUCAACUGGAGAUUACAAGGUGGUUGCCCUGCGUAAGGCGGCGGUUAUUGGUGAAGGAAAUGAUGGAUGGAAAAGUCAGGUUAGAGUGUACAAUUUUUGUGUUAAUUUUUGGAGAAAUGUUCCGAAAUGCCCUUUGACUCCUCUUUGUCUAAUGGUCUAUAACAAUGAUCGAACUAGUAAUGGUCUGUAUUUCUAUGGUACUGUUAACUGGUUGGCUCUUUCCAAUCACAUAUGGCCAUGGUUUUAUGAAGAUAAUGUUUGGAAGUGUGUUGCUAAUGCUAAGCAAUUUAUGAUUGUUUCACUUGAUCUUUCGACUGAGACAUACACACAGAUUUCGCCGCCUCUAGGUUUUGAUGAGGUGCCACGCUUUAGUCCAAACCUUCAUGUUAUGAUGGAUUGCCUUUGCUUUUCGCAUGAUUUCAAGGGAAUCGAAUUUGUUAUAUGGCAGAUGAAAGAGUUUGGAGUUCAGGAGUCUUGGACUCGGUUAUUUAGAAUUGACUACUUCAGAAUUUAUCAUGACUUGGAUUUCAAUGGAUGCAGUCAAUUUGGUACUCCGUUGCUCCCAUUGUACCUUUCUAAGAAUGGAGAUACACUGAUAUUGGCAAAUUAUGAAGAUGACCGAGCAAUUAUCUAUAAUCGGAGAGAUCAAAGAGUAGAGAUAGAGAGAAUUAGAAUUUCCAACAAACUAUUUUGGUUUUCUGCCAUGGAUUACGUUGAAAGCUUGGUUUCACCUCCUUGGAAGUCUGCAACCCCGACUCCAAGCACAUCCUUUCCACAUGACAGUAUGGUAGGAAAGUCUAUCCUAAUAGAGGAUGAUAGUGAAAUUGGAGACACAGUUGAAGAUAGUAGUGAGGAAGACGAAGGGUCUUUCUUAUAUUUGGAUGAACUAAGUUACAGUGAGUCCGAGGAUGAACUAAGCAAGUGACAGUGAGUCUGAUGUUGAUGGAUGUACUAUGUAGUCUGACUAUCUUGUAAUUUUGUUUUAUUUUUCUUGCAUGCCGAAUUUGAGGUUUUAUUAUAAUUAUUUAGGCCUUUCAAAAACAAAAGAUUAUGUAGUUUUUAUCUUAGUUGCUGCUCACAUUGUGUUGAUUUUC